UUUAUAAUGAAUGAAUGUGACGUGUUGCCCCAAUAGCAAGGGAUUGCAUGUGACACCAGCUCCCUUUACCAUACUACCGACUACUGUGUAUUAUUUUCCAUCACCACCUAUUGGCUUUUUAGCAAUACUCCAACCUCAACUUACGAGCUUGCAUUGCACAUCACAUCUCCACCACCUUCACACUUCCUCUAACAGAAAACUGAAUCAUACUAUACGAACAUUAAAUCCACUCGAGUACUUCAUUCAUUCCACAGGUGCUGAAUCAAUAUGUUUUCUAAGUUACUCAUUCCAUCAUUCAAAAACAUAUAGUAGAAUGCAACUUCCAACUAUAUUCUCAAUUCAUAACUAGUUCAAAUAGUAGCUUCGUGUUGUUAAUAACAGCAAUCAGAUCAACAGAUUGCACCGACAAAAGACGAAGAAGACGGAGGAGAACGGCGUCUGUAACGGCGAAGACGGAAAAGCAGUUUACCGUUUAUUUCUUUGCACGUGAGUACUUCGCGCGAGAGGCUCGUGACUGAAAAUGCCCCAUAGAGCAACUUACAUUUUCCCGCGUCAUUUUCCAGAGCGAGGAUUCGAUGAAUCAUCUAAAAAGCUAUUGGAUCACGAUAAGGACAAAACCGUCCAUUCAAUCAAAUCUGUAACGGAAAGCGACAUUCAAACCAGUAACCAACUUUCGUCGUCUACUCCUCCAUCAACUAAACACGACGUCGUUUUUUCCUCCGGCAAACACUCUAACUCCGACAAGCUCCGAAUUAAGCAAAAGCAGAUAGCGGCGUUCUGCGACUGGUUUAUCGACAAAAAAAGAAAUCACUCCGGUUACCAGACUCACCAUCUCCGCCGCCCCUCGUCGAUCUCCGAUGACGAUCACGACUUUCUUCUUCAUCAGCCGGAGAGUGUUGUUAAAGACACUGCAAUCGACCGGAAUUUCGAUCGGCAGGUUUCGCUUCCGAGACUUUCGAGUGAUAGUAGUUAUGCAGGGAGCUUGUUUUCCAGCGACAUUAAGGAGGAAACACCGUUGUCUCAAGUCUCCACCAUUACCACCACCAUAGUGAGGAGGCAAACGGAUGAAGAUGAAAACAAGGAGGCGGUUGCUAAGGAGUGUAACGAAAGCUACAUCUUGCAGCUUAAGUUAGCGAAGAGGCUAACUUGUUUGGCAAGUCUCGUAACGGAACCUGUUCUUACUCAUGGCGCUGAAACUUGGGAUGCUGAAUCUGUUUCUUAUCGUCUUUGGGUGAGUGGGUGCUUGUCAUACACGGACAAGAUAAGUGAUGGUUUUUACCACAUAUUAGGGAUGAAUCCGUAUAUGUGGGUGAUGUGCAAUGAUGAGGAGGAAGGUAAGAAGAUACCUACUUUGUUGGCGCUUAAAGCGGUUGAACCAAGCGAGACAUCUAUGGAGGUGGUGCUUGUCGACAGGCACCUAGAUUCUCGCUUGAAGAUGCUUCAUGAUAAAGCUCAGGAGUUGUAUUGUUCUUCAGAGAACACGUUGGUGUUCGUUGAACAACUUGGAAAACUUGUUGCCAUAUAUAUGGGGGGUAUAUUCCCAGUGGAGCAAGGAGAUCUCCACAAAAGGUGGAGGUUGGUUAGCAAGAGGCUGAGGAAUUUUCACAAGUGUGUUGUGCUUCCCAUUGGCAGUCUAUCUUCUGGACUUUGUAGGCAUCGAGCAAUUCUCUUCAAGAGAUUGGCUGAUUACAUAGGUUUGCCUUGUCGCAUAGCUCGUGGUUGCAAGUAUUGUGCUGCAGAUCACAGAUCCACUUGCCUAGUCAAGAUUAAAGAUGACAAGCAGCUCUCAAGGGAAUAUGUUGUCGACCUAGUUGGGGAACCAGGAAAUGUCCACGGCCCAGAUUCCUCCAUUAACGGAGCAUAUCUUUCUUCGAUUCCUUCACCGUUUCAAAUUUCUCAUUUUAAGGAACUACAAUCACCCUAUAUGGACGAUGAAGCAGGUUCUCAACCACCUAUUAGUUUCAACCAAAGUUCUUGUAAUCCUGAAACUCAUCCUUAUUCAUGUUGUGGACAGAAUGAUCAACAAGUUAAAGAAACGGAUUUGUUGAAAGUUCACCAGGGCUCCAUCUGUGCUUCAGCUGAUCAACCCUGUGAAGGAACCAAACCAUUUCUAGUUCCUUUUGGGUUAAAAGAGAAUGAUGAGGAAUGUUCAGUUCUAGGUUCAAUUUUGCCUACCAUUCACGAGGAUGUUUCUAAAGUUUUUCCUCCCACCAGGACAUCAUUACAUGAAUAUCCAAGGCUUAGUGAAGAGGCAGUUGUGUUAGAAGAAAAUUCCAGCAAUGAAAUCAUUGUUACCGGAUGUUCUGUGGUAAAAAGUACUUUCAAGCAAUGCAUACUUAGUUCCUCAUGCCAAUCAGAACUGAAGCAGUUAGAUGAUAAAAUUGAAAACCAAGACUAUUCGCCAGCUGGGAGUAUUCCAAGAUAUGUGAAUCUUGAACCAUCACUGGCAAUGGACUGGCUUGAGAUAUCAUGGGAUGAUUUACGUAUUAAAGAGCGCGUUGGUGCUGGCUCAUUUGGAACUGUGCACCGUGCUGAAUGGCAUGGAUCAGAUGUUGCAGUCAAGGUUUUAACAGAUCAGGAUUUUCAUGAUGAUCACUUGAAGGAGUUUCUGAGAGAGGUUGCAAUAAUGAAACGUGUUCGCCAUCCAAACGUGGUGCUCUUCAUGGGUGCAGUUACAACACGCCCCUAUCUAUCAAUAGUGACAGAGUAUUUGCCUAGGGGUAGUUUAUACCGCCUGAUACAUAGGCCAGCGUCUGGUGAAGUUCUGGAUAGUAGGAGAAGAUUACGAAUGGCUUUGGAUGUGGCUAAAGGAAUCAAUUAUCUCCAUUGUCUUAAACCUCCAAUUGUGCACUGGGAUCUCAAAUCCCCAAACUUGUUAGUGGACAAAAAUUGGACUGUGAAGGUCUGUGAUUUUGGAUUGUCCAGAUUUAAAGCAAACACUUUCAUACCCUCAAAAUCUGUUGCCGGAACACCUGAGUGGAUGGCCCCAGAAUUUCUUCGCGGAGAACCUUCAGAUGAGAAAUCUGACGUAUACAGUUUUGGAGUUAUCCUGUGGGAGCUUGUAACCAUGCAACAACCAUGGAGUGGACUUAGCCCUCCCCAGGUGGUUGGAGCUGUUGCUUUUCAGAAUAGGAAGCUUGCUAUCCCUCCAAACAUCUCCCCAGUAUUUGCCUCUCUCAUGGAAUCUUGUUGGGCUGAUGACCCUGCUCAGCGUCCAUCUUUCGGUGGCAUAAUUAAUACACUAAAGAAGCUGCUGAAAUCUCCAACAGAGAUGAUAAAAAUGGGCGAUAUGCAUAACCCUUGAUUGUUUUUCUUGUUGCUGAAAUUUGUUGACCUUGUAUGGAAAGGUUGGUGUUCAUAUAUUGUCUGAACAUGAUUUGUAAAAUAAGCUCCUGACCUGGAGCUCUUUUGUGGAUAGCUUGAAGUCUAAAAUAUUGGAGGAUGCAUACAUAUAUGUUUUGUAACAAUGUUUCCUAAAUAAAAUUGUUUUGGAACAAUGUUUCCUAA